AUUCGUCUGCUCUAUUUUGUUAACACCUUAGGAUUUUGAGUGAAAGUUAUUGUUUUUUUUUCUCUUCGUGAACUUACUUCCUUCACUUUAUUAGAAAGAAAAAAAUGGAUCGACCGACCCGGGAAUUUGCUUUGCAGUUAAUGGCGUCUAAAGAUAAAAUGGAGUCAGAUCUUGCAGCCUUAAUGGAUGUUCUGAAAUCGAAUAAUACUGACAUGACGCAGCCUCUAGUUGAUAAUGAAGGAUUUCCUCGUUCAGAUAUCGAUGUUUAUCAGGUUCGAACUACUCGACACAAAGUUAUAUGCCUUAGAAAUGAUUUGAAGAAUCUAACUCAAAAGAUUGAAACUGUGUUACAUGAUCUACAUGCUCAGCAGAGAGAAGGUGCUGGGAUGGAUGAAAACAAGACAUCUUUCUUGAAUGAGUAUGAUGAGUGCUCCCCGCCAUUUGCCAAAAUUGGAGCAGUGACUGAAGGAUCCCCUGCAGAAAAAGCAGGGCUUAAACCAGACGAUCUCAUUCUCGGAUUUGGAACAUUACGAGCCAGCAAUUUCAGCAACUUGAAAGAUGUGGCACAGAUUGUCCAGCACAGGCUAAAUUGUGAAAUUCCAUUAUGCGUCCGUCGCUAUGAUGAACUGAUGCAAAUUACCCUCAUUCCUAAAACCUGGAGCGGUAAAGGUUUUCUUGGUUGUGUUGUGUUACCUUUCGAUGCUGUUGAUCGCUAAAUCUUUUCAAUAAAGAUUGUGUUCAUUAAUGUCUUAAA